AUGUCUUUUGCAGCUAAAAACGAAACAAAUCCAGCCGUCAUCGAUGCUACAGGAUAUACCCCCUAUGUUAGAGCAAGAAGUGCCUCGAGGGAUUCCCGUGGGGGAAUCGCGAAUCGAAAGGAAGAUGCCGUGCGGGCCUAUUGGGACCACCAGAACUUCCUGGCUGAUCUGCAACAGUAUUCUGUCCAGCACGAGAGGGAACUGUUCCGAAGUCGGUGGGAGUGUGACGCUGACAAGAAGAGCCUGUACAGCCGCGUCAGGUGGGAGAUGGACAAGGUGGCGGCCGGGAUGGAGGAGGACCUCGAGCGCAGGAGGAACAGGCUUGCUGAGGUGCUGAAAUCCGAGGAAGAGAUGUACCUGGACGAAAUCUGCCGUGGCUCCCACGAGGAUCCUGAAGAGAAGAAGGCGCGUAUGCUCAGCAGGUACGUGGAGCUAAAAACUCAGAAAGAGUUGGAGAGGAAGAAGCUGGCAGAAGAAAAGAGAGAGCAACAAUUCAGGAGAAACUGUAACGAACUGAGACAAUUGGUGAGUCAUAAGAUCCAUCAUGAGACAGCAGAAGAAGGAAAGAAGUUGCUGUUGGAAAAAGAACAGGAAGCCCAGGCUAAGCAGGCGGAGGAGAGGAUGUAUGAAGAACUUUGGCAGAGGGAUUGCGAGGCAAAGCAGCAGAAGGAUGAGAAGGAAGAAGAGUACCGGAAGAAGAUAAGGGUUAAGUAUGCUGAGGAGGUUUCUGACCAGAUACUGCAAAAGAAACUGGAAAAGCAGAAGAGAAGACAAGAUGUAGAGACGGAAGCAGCUUUGAUGGAGGAACAUAAACGACUGCUCGAGCUGGAGGAACAAUCACAGAAAGAGAUGAAGAAGCGUAAGCAGGCGGAACUUAAGGUUGGUCUCGACUCGUGCGUCCGUUCCAAGUUGAAGAAGAAGUCCAAGGACGUCCAGGACGACUUACUUCAGGAUCUUUUCUUUAUGAAGCAGAUCAUGGAAGACCAGGCAGAAGCCGAAAAGAACGAAAAGAAAAAGGCCCUCCUGCACGAACAGCAGCAAUUCUUGAAGUACCUGCAAGACCAAGUGGCAAAGGAAGCCGCGUUCGAGAAGGAGGUAGACAAGAUGUACCAGGAAGAACUGGACAAGAUGUGGGAGCGGAAAGAUCGCGAAUGGAAGGAGGAAAAAGCCAGGAGGAGGCAGAAGGAGCAAGAUGUCAUUGAUGAAGUCAAGGCACAGAUCGAGGCACACAUGUCAAGAGCCCUAAAGAUGCAAGAGAUGAGCAAAUUAUACGGGCAAAAGGUCUUGGAGGAGGAUGCAAGUGAUAAAGAGAAGGCGAUGAAAAAACUAAUGCUGAUUCGAGAACGAAACAUAUCGCAUCAGAAAGAGCUUCUAGAGCAAAUCAGGGAGAAAGAGCAAAAGAUUGAGCAAGACGAGCUGAAGAAGAGGAUGGAGCUCGAAAGAAUAAGGAGGGAACGGGAACAGGAGGAAGCGAAGAUAGAGAAACUCUUGAUGGAAAUGAAGAUUGACAGAGAACAUCCCUAUCGCACCAGAAGAAAAGAAAUCCGCAAAGAACUAGGCAACAGUUGA